AUGUCCACUGUUACUUAUGUCAUCCUGCUUGGUUUUGGGGACCUUGAAGAAAAUGAAACUAUCCUUUUCUUUUUAUUCCUCAGCCUUUAUAUGAUCACACUGUUUAGUAACCUGCUGCUGAUCUUUGCUGUCCAGAAAAGUUCACAUCUUCAUACUCCAAUGUAUUUUUUCCUGUGCCAUUUAUCCUGUGUGGAUGUUGGAUACUUAAGCAGCAUUUUUCCCCAGUUGCUGUGGGAGGUUUUGGCUGCUGGUGUCACUAUCUACUUUACUGCCUGUGUGAUGCAAUUGUACGUUGUUGGUGCUCUGCUCACUGUGGAGUGUUUCCUCCUGGCUGUCAUGUCCUAUGAUUGCUCUUUGGCCAUCUGUCGGCCCCUGAGAUACUCAGUACUUACGGACCACAGAGUUUGUGUCAAGUUGGCAGUUGCUUCGUGGACUGGUGGUUUUCUGUUCGUGGGUGCCGUGCUAGUUUUGCUUAGCUCUUUAACUUUCUGUGGUCCCCACAUCAUCAACCAUUUCUUUUGUGACUUCUUCCCACUGGUGAAGCUUUCCUGCACAGACACUACAAUGGUGGAAAGGGCAGAAUUUGCUUCAUCAUUCCUAUCCCUGUCUCCAUUCUUUUGGACAUUGUUAUCAUACGGUUGCAUUCUGUCCUCCAUUUUAAGGAUUUCUUCUUCUACCGGGAGACACAGAGCCUUCUCCACCUGCUCAUCCCACUUGAUUGUGAUGAGUUUGUUUUAUGGAACUCUGGUUGUGGUGUACAUGAUACCACCAUCAGAAACAACAUUCAGUCUGAACAAGCUUUUCUCACUUUUCUACACAGUCCUCAUACCCAUUCUUAAUCCCUUAGUUUAUAGUCUGAGAAACAAGGAUGUUCAAAUUGCUCUGGAGAAAGAAGCCACACCCAGUUGUUCAGUAGAUAACUAG